AUGAGUCCGUGCUGGGGACACGCUGACGGGCCUGCCCCGUGUGUGCGGCUGCUGCGCCGGGCACGGAGCCGGGCCCCGGAGCCGGGCACAGAGCCCCAGAGCCGGGCACGGAGCCCCAGAGCCGGGCCCCGGAGCCGGGCACAGAGCCCCAGAGCCGGGCACGGAGCCCCAGAGCCGGGCCCCGGAGCCGGGCACAGAGCCCCAGAGCCGGGCACGGAGCCCCAGAGCCGGGCCCCGGAGCCGGGCACAGAGCCCCAGAGCCGGGCACGGAGCCCCAGAGCCGGGCCCCGGAGCCGGGCACAGAGCCCCAGAGCCGGGCACGGAGCCCCAGAGCCGGGCCCCGGAGCCGGGCACAGAGCCCCAGAGCCGGGCACGGAGCCCCAGAGCCGGGCCCCGGAGCCGGGCACAGAGCCCCAGAGCCGGGCACGGAGCCCCAGAGCCGGGCCCCGGAGCCGGGCACAGAGCCCCAGAGCCGGGCACGGAGCCCCAGAGCCGGGCCCCGGAGCCGGGCACAGAGCCCCAGAGCCGGGCACGGAGCCCCAGAGCCGGGCCCCGGAGCCGGGCACAGAGCCCCAGAGCCGGGCACGGAGCCCCAGAGCCGGGCCCCGGAGCCGGGCACAGAGCCCCAGAGCCGGGCACGGAGCCCCAGAGCCGGGCCCCGGAGCCGGGCACAGAGCCCCAGAGCCGGGCACGGAGCCCCAGAGCCGGGCCCCGGAGCCGGGCACAGAGCCCCAGAGCCGGGCACGGAGCCCCAGAGCCGGGCCCCGGAGCCGGGCACAGAGCCCCAGAGCCGGGCACGGAGCCCCAGAGCCGGGCCCCGGAGCCGGGCACAGAGCCCCAGAGCCGGGCACGGAGCCCCAGAGCCGGGCCCCGGAGCCGGGCACAGAGCCCCAGAGCCGGGCACGGAGCCCCAGAGCCGGGCCCCGGAGCCGGGCACAGAGCGGAGGGGCUUCUUAUAGAGGCAGAAGUAAGGAGAGACAGGCAAAGAGAAUGAAGGAGAGGAGACGCUUAAAGAAAGAGGGGAAAAUGUAUUGCUUCACCAUUUUGAAUUUAUCACAAAAGACAUUCCUGUUAUUUUUCAUUGCAGUUGCUGUGGACCAGGCUGUUAGCUCUGCUCAAAAUGAAAGUAUAUCUCAGGGUGACAGUGGUCAAAUCUGGGUCUCAAGGAUCAGGCCCUUGAGCAAGCCCCCCUUGCUCCCACCUGUUGGAAGAAGUGAAAUGGAAAUGCGGCAGGGUGAAGUACAUAGUCUCUGCAGGCUGAAUUUGAGCUGGUUCUUGGCUCCUGGGGCAGAAGAGUUGUGGCCAAAGGGCAGAGCAGGGGAAAGAGGUGUUAGUUUCCUUCCUCCCCUCCCUGCCACGCAGCCCAGCCAGCUGGACCAGCUGGGGGAUGUGGGCUUUGCCCAGGGAGCGGGUGGCUGUUUCCAUGUGGUCAGUGAAGUUCCAGAGGAGCCCAGGUGUGGGAUUUUGUUGGGGCCUUCACUCCGAGUGCUGCCUCAUGGGUGCAAUGAGCCAUUGAUAAGCGCUGGCCUGAGUCAGGGGCUGCUGCCAGGGUGCACCCAGGCCUUCAGAAGGGACUGCUGGACUGACCAAAGUUGCUUUUUGGGAAUGGGUGACCAGGCUGAGGAGGUGGAAACUGGAAUUCAUCGUCAUAUCCUGGCCAAAGGGAGACAUCAUAUUACGACUUGUUGA